AUGAGUUACUUCGUACGUGGCAAUGAGGUAUUGGAAGUGAUUAGUGGCAUUAGACGUGGAAUGCGGGAAAGAGAGGAAAAACAUUUGGGAGAUUCUGGAAGACUCUAUUGGUCUACUUUAGGAAGACUUGACUUUGUAAAUGGGCUGUGUGUUGGGUUCCAUAACGUCGUAAUUAGAGUGGCCCAAAGGCUUAACGGGCUGAUGCGUGUUUUCGCAACGUGGCCGAACGCUAUUGGUUACCUGAAUCUGAAUGGGUCUUCUUGGAAGUUUUGGUCUUUGUUCUUGAUUAAUUACAUGGACCAAUGUUAUUUAUUGUGA